AGGCUAACCACGCACUAGGUAUUUAUUGAUAUCCCAGCUGUCUCAUCAGAACGGCGGACAGACAGAACGUUUCAAAGCUCGACAAAUACGGGUAUUUUGACUCCCCGACCUCUGGCACUGAAUAAGUCAGAUUAGCCUUCUGUCGUCAAGCCAGUAGGUUAUCAUUUAAUCAGGGAUUUCAUGCAUCAUUUUUGUCAGCUAGUUAAUUCCGUAAUCCUCGCCAGUCGGGACAAAUUCUACUCGUGCAAUUCGCGUUGGGUCAGCGGGCCAACAGUCAUCUUCAUUUUUAUGGCCACCAUCAGAAUCAUCACUCGCACUAUUGUACUCCUAUCUGUGUCAAACGUUGUUAAUAGGCAUGACCAUUUUACAAAUGUGCGGACGAUUUGCUUUUGCAGCCGUACGGCCGGCAGGCAUUAUUAUUACCGAAGCUGCCAUGGAGCCAUCAACCAUUCGGAGAGCUCGUCCUUAGCAACCGAUGAGUGAUUUUCCAGGGAGGCAGUAGACCCAUAGCCCCGCCCUCCUCGGUCAAACGUAGAAACGUGCAACAAAAACGUAGAAGGUUAGUUUGACCGGCAGCUAGGUCUAUCUACGGUACAGGCCUGGGAUUGGCGACGAGAGUUUGCCUCGUGCGUGCAUAUGACUAGCCGGAGGACACCGCCCAUACUUGGAAUUCUGUGAGACGACGAUAUCGUUUCCUCUGGGGAGGUUGAGACAAUUUGGUCGUCCCCCCAGGCACGCAAGAAAUGCCUGUCUGACAAACCUGUGAGCCGCGCGCAACGCCAGAGGAAUACACGGAAUCUUCUCAGGAGUGCGAUGUGCGAACGGCCUCAGGUAGCAGCUAUACGUACCAAGCCACGCGCGAGUACCAUUACCAAAUGGAAAUGAUUCAUCAUUGCGGUACAGUACGGUGGUGACGCAAUUUGACAGAGUCGAACCCGAUACCAUUAGUACCGUACAGUUCUGUAGUUCUUUGCUAUGAAAUUGUACGUUAAAAGUAUCUGUGACAUCUUUGGGAACCUAAUACGAGUCGGCUACUAGUGCUGUGUCAUACAGCGUUUCUGGUUUUUGUCUCCCGUCCGGAACUUUUCACAUGAAAUCCGUGCUGACACAGGACGCAGACUCGGGCUAGCUCCGUCUCCCAAAGGCUGCCAACCGGCGACGUCUUUAAGUCACUACGUCACGCGUGAUGAAAGGCCGGCACUAACCGCAGUUUAGCGCCUGUCAGUGGCGCGAAAACGUGCGCGUGCGAGACCCGCAGCUGCCUGCCUGUUCCCCGGGAAAUGUCAUGAAUGUAAUCAUGGUGAUGUAUUCUGCCCUGCCGCACAAAAGGCCAUCCGACGUGCGUAGAGCGACGGGAAGCUUUCUAAUGGCUCACCGCUAGCGUACAACCCAGUGUCGGGUUCUUAAACGCGCGUGUACUUCACCAGAAAAGAACAGAGGAUUGUUCGUCAGCUUACACAGACCAUGAACCAGCCUAUCGAGUUCGUUGGCGUGGCUCUGGGCAUCCUGGUGACGGUGCUGGGGACUGUGGGGAACAUCGCCACUAUAGCGACCAUCACGUCCAACAGGAAACUCCUGACGGUGUCCACCGCCUUCAUCGUCAACCUGAGCGUGGCGGACCUGUUGUACUCGGCCGUGCUGCAGCCCAUCACCGUGCACUCGUACAUCGCCGGCCGGUGGGAGUUUGGGCCCGUGUUCUGCAGCGUCUUCGGCUACGUGCUGUUCCUACUAUUCGGCGUGUCGGAGCUGACCCUGUGCGCCGUGGCAUUAAACAGGUACUUCCUGAUCGUUCAUCCCAGUAAGUACAGGUCCAUUUACAACAAGACCGGCACGGCUGUCAUGAUAGGAGUGUCCUGGCUGCUGCCUGCUCUCUCCCUCGUUCCCCCAGCUAUCGGCGUCUGGGGACGCUUUACGUUCUUCGACAAAGUCUCCACCUGCAGCUUUGACCGCGAGGUGAGCGCGUCCUUCACGACGGCGCUGUUUUCCGCCUACUGCAUCGUGCCGACCUUGGUCAUGUGCUUCACCUACGCGUGCAUCCUCAGAACCGUCCGGACCAGCGCCAACAAGUUCAACAAGAAGAAGAAGGGUACGAAAAAGCCGUCGCUGCACGGACGGUCUUCCCGACGGGGCAGUCUAGUCGUGGACCGCUCCAGCCUCCGGGAAAUUUCGCCGUCUCGGUUGGGCCGCGCGCGGACUUACUUCUCAGAGACGGACCCGACGAGUAACCUCGACAGUGUCGGGGACGACCUGAACGACAACAGGCCGAGCGCCAGCAACGACCGCACGGACCCGGACAGCUCGGCGCGCCGCAUCAGGGCGCAGUACCGGGUCAGCAGGAACGUCCGCCUGGCCAAGAUGACCUUCGCGGUGUUCGUGGCGUUCUCGCUGUGUUUCCUGCCCUACAUGGUGCUGAGCAUCGUGGACAAGGCGAACGCCGGCGGGGUCUGGCUGUACAAGCUGUGCGCCAUGGUGGCCUGGCUGAACGCCUGCAUCAACCCCAUCAUAUACUCCCUCAUGAACAAGCAGCUGAGAAACGGACUGUUCGUCAUGCUCGGGAAGUGUAUGGACGUUCUGAGGAAGACUGUCACAGGGCAGGACUUCUAGGAUAAACUUUCCUAUUUACAAAGUAAGGGAUACCAGACAGUUGUGGUAAUUUUGUCUCCCCGUUGAAAUUCAGGUGUGUCCAGCUGAUAAAAUCGUGUGUACUCCUGUGAAAAGACGUUGCAGGAAGCCCUACUGCAACCUCAACACAUACAUGCUCGGACCUCGUGGGUAGUGCAUAUAAGACCCUAGGACAUGUAUAAAAGCUGCCGUAAGAAUGUUAUUCUGGCAAAGCAACAUUAGACCCGCGGCACAACAGCACCCAGUCGGCCCGUGUUACUUGGCCAGCGCAUUAGACUGCCUACACAUGCUCAUUGCCUUGUAACUCUUCGCCGAGUAAAAUACCUGCUCGGGGGCAAUUUACCAGACAACGGAAGUCAUUAAGGGCACAUGCACCAGCGUAAUGCACGUCUGUGUUGUCAUGGCAACCAUUCGGCAGCAACAUUGCUCCGUGUCCCACACCAGGGACCUUGGAAACGAUUGGUCUGUACAGAGGUUACAUACCUGCUCGUUAAUGUUAACACAAUCACAAAACGAAAUACAUUUCCCCUUCUAACACUCUGAAAAAAGGGGGUUGUUGCAAUGUUGCCAGUUUUGUACAGAAAACGUGUACUGUGCUUCACAUAUAUUUGAAACGGUUACACAGGUUAACAUUGCCGCUGAUUUGUCCGUUAAUAGGUACAGGAUAACUACACAGAACAGCUGACACAUCUCCCGCCACUAGGGGUCAGAGGUCAAGCAACAGCCUUGCUGACCUCAGCCCAGUCCUAGAUGUAAUCAUUUUGGGCCUUCCCCAGGAUUGGUAUAUAGGGAGUAAUUUGUGUACGCUGGAAACACAGGCCUAUCUCUAAACAAGACAUCACCACUGAUUCAUGUCAGCCCCUGUUGAGUACAUAUACCGACACUAUCAAGAUGUAUCUGGGUCAUUCUGGGACUGCCCGUAACUGCUGUUAGGAUACAGAUGUUGUCUAGAAGUCCCCACAUGUAGUUCACAGGUUUCACUACUACAAUCAUGGCCACUGAGCUUUGAGUCUUCAGUAGUCACUCUUCCAUUCCAUCAAAGUGUAAUAUCUUCAGGUUUGUAUAAGUCUGUAUCACAGUUUUGGUGGUGUAUGUGAAUGACUUGUCAAAUGUGUAGUAAGUUUAUUGAAAGAGUGACAUGUAGUACAAAGUGUGUAAAAAAAAUAACUUCAGUUGAAAGAAUCCCAGUCAGUCUAGACUCUGACUUGAGCAAGUCAAGAAAAAUCUCAAGCAAGGCCCAUGUAAUGAUACUGGGAUGACAUUUGAUUAAUUGAAAUUACAGCUUCUACACAAUGUAAUUUAACAGGUGGCUGACGUUGCAUGUAAACCUGUACAUCAGCAACAAAUGGU